CUCUGUCUUCCCCACGUGCUGUCGUGCAGGGCCCGGCGCAGUACGGGCAGCAGGUGCCAGGGCCCGUGCCUUUGCCAGGCGGGCCUCCCGGCUUCUCUUACGGCCAGCUGCCAUCUUACGUGCAGCCGCAGUCCCAGUACCAUGUGCAGGGCCCGUGGCCUCCUCCGCAGAAUCAGGCAGCCGUUGUGCACAUGCAGCCUCAGUCGCCGUACUCGCAGUCCCAGCCGAGUUAUCGCAGACGGUACGCGCCCUGCCCCGCCGGCGCCGCCUCCGGCUGUGGGGGGUGCGGCGGCGCCCCGGUGCUGUGGGGCGGCUAUGGGCCCGUCCCCGCGGGGCCGCUUCGCUAG